AUGGCAAGAGAAUCGAGGGCAAGGUCAGCCCUGUAUGCCCAGUCUACAGAGGAGAAGACGGGGCUCCUGACGGUGAAGGUGGAAAAGGAGGAGGCCUCCACCUUUGCCGAGGACGCCCGUUUGUCCGGCAGCCCCCAACUGGGCCCCGAGCACUCCCGCCAGCGCUUCCGGGGUUUCCGCUACCCUGAGGCUGCAGGGCCCCGUGAGGCAUUGCGCCGGCUCCGGGAGCUCUGCCGACAAUGGCUGCAACCUGAGAUGCACAGCAAGGAACAGAUCCUGGAGCUGCUGGUGCUGGAGCAGUUCCUGACCAUCCUGCCUGGGGAGCUGCAGAGCUGGGUGCGGGAGCAGCAUCCCGAGAGCGGGGAGGAGGUGGUGGUUCUGUUGGAAUAUUUGGAGAGGCGGCUUGGUGACCCGAGGCUGCAGUUCACAGCUCGUGACCCUGGGCAAGAGCUGCUCUGUUUCAAGACAGCACUGUCGACAAGAACCCGCGGGUCUCGAAGUAGCCAAUUUCAGCUGAUGAAGGCUCUGCUCAAGCAUGAACCUCUGGGAUGCCAACCCUUACAAAACAGAGUUCUUCAAGUUCCUGGUCUUGCUCAGGGAGGAAGCUGCAAAGAAGACACAGAGGCAGCUGCCAGGCUCAUUCCAGAGUCCCAGGGCCUGCUGAAAGUGAAAGAUGUGACUCUGACCCUUCCCCCUGCAUGGGCACAGCUGGACUCAUCUCAAGCAAACCUCUACUUAGAUGAGAGACAAGAGGACAGUGGCAACCUCAUCUUGGGUGGUGAAAUACAGACUAAGAUCAGAGACUUGUCUCCUGAUGAGGAGCAUCUAGUACAAGAGCCUGGGGAGAGCCCAUACUACCUGGGUGAAGACAUCGCCCAGAUUCCUCCAUGUGCAGAAGCUGGCGGACAGGAGGGCAGGUUACACAGAAAGCAGAAAAUUACCAUAGGAAGUAGGCGACACUACUGCCAUGAGUGUGGAAAGAGUUUUGCUCAGAGUUCAGGCUUGACUAAGCAUAGAAGAAUCCACACUGGAGAGAAGCCCUACGAAUGUGAAGAUUGUGGCAAGACCUUCAUCGGGAGCUCUGCCCUUGUCAUUCAUCAGCGAGUUCACACUGGUGAGAAGCCCUAUGAGUGUGAAGAAUGUGGCAAGGUCUUCAGUCACAGUUCAAACCUUAUCAAACACCAGAGAACCCACACGGGGGAGAAGCCCUAUGAGUGUGACGACUGUGGGAAAACCUUCAGUCAAAGCUGCAGCCUCCUUGAACAUCACAAAAUCCACACUGGGGAGAAACCCUACCAGUGCAAUAUGUGUGGAAAAGCCUUUAGGCGGAAUUCACAUCUCCUGAGACAUCAGAGGAUCCAUGGUGGGGACAAAAACAUUCAGGAUUCUGAACAUGGAGAGAACUGGGAAGGCCAGGUUAGAAUGGGAAACCAAUGGGAAAAUGUGGAAGCUUCCAUAUCUUAUCAAUGUAAUGAGUGUGACAGAAGCUUUACUCAAAAUAGAAGCCUUAUUGAACAUCAGAAAAUCCACACUGGUGAGAAACCCUAUCAGUGUGAUGCAUGUGGAAAAGGCUUCACCCGAACUUCAUACCUUGCUCAACAUCAGAGAAGCCAUGUUGGGAAAAGAAUUCUUUCCCAGUGA